GGCUGCAGGCUGGAGACGGCGUCCGCGGGCGCACGAGCAGCCGAGGCGGCGAGCGAGCGCUGUGCGGCGGCGGUGGACGCUGCUGGAGGCGCCCGCCCUGGAGAAGCCUCUGCCUGGUGCUUGGAGACAUGCCCUUGCAGCCUCUGCCUGGACCUUGGAGCUCUGGCUCCGAGCUGGCCGCUCCCUGCUCCCUGGGACCAAGCCCAGCGUUUUGCAAACUCUGCUCCGUUCUCCGAGGGUCCCCUGAGCGCCCCUCCCUCACCCACCGCAGAGCACCCGCCACUGAUGCGCACGCGGAUCAUGGACUGGGCUCCAGGAGGGGCUCCCAGCUCUGUGUCAGCCCCAGCUGGAAGCAAGGGACAGGGACUCGGACAGAACCAACAGGACCCGACGGCACCAGCCACCCAAGGCACCAGGCGGCACCAGCCACCCAAGGCACCAGGCACCACAAGCCAAUGAUCCAUGAAACAAAAGCUGAAAGAGCUCCCUGGCCAAGGACCCCUGGAGGAGCCCAGAGUGCAAGGAGCCUGCUGUGCUCACACCAGGGACAGGCACCUGGAGCAGACCCCCUGAAUCACAGAUGACCCGCCGUGUGACACUGAACACACCCCAGCUUCCCCAGGCCUGGUGGGGAGGGGGUGCCCCUUGGACAGAAGGAAAGGAGGCCCUGGCACCCAGCCUGACACUUGGAGAGCUCAGCCAGCUGACACCUCUGCCUGGCCCUGGGGAUCUGAAGACACUCACCGCUCUGGCGCUGGAGCUUGCUGCGGGUCUCAGUGCUGAGCGCGGGGGGACCACCUGGGCCACAGGCCGCAGCAGCUCACCUCAGGGCUGGGUUCUCCAGCGGCUCUGGCCGACUGUGGCUCAGGCUGCAGCUCCGGCUGGGGCUGCGGCUCCAGCUGGGGGGCAGCCUGGGCAGGGGCCUCUGCAGGAUGAGAUGCCAGGCCUUGGGGCUUGGGAUCUACCUCCCCCCCUGGGAGUUCGGCAGUGACUCUUCCCCUGGGGAAAACACAAAGGUGUUCCUGAGAUGAGCACUUUUAAAACAAAUCCCCCCAAGCCAGAGCCCUUCCAGUCCCCUGGCUGUUCAGUGGGAAGGCCUGCAGGUCACCUUGCCAGGGUUUGGGGUGGCAGCUCCUCUUCCUGUUCCUCUGGCUGCCUACCUCCCCCUUUUUCAAGGUACAAGGGAAAGGGGAAGUGGCCCACAGUUCACCUAGGUCUGGGCUUCCCAGCAGCCAAGCCUGAAAUGGUGCCUGCCCAUGAAGAGGCAGGAGCCCCUUCUGGGGGGGUGGGCUGCCCCUUCCUGGCUGGUGUGGAUGUGUGCCUGGGCAUGGGGUGGGGGUUGCCCACACAAGGCCUGCCUUGGGGAUCCCAGCACACUGUGUGACCACCCCCUACUCUCCAACAUUCCCACCUUUGCUGGAAGCAAGGAGGGGGCCAGGCACAAAGCAAAGGACACAUGGUUCUGUAUGCAGAAGUCAGCUGGAUGAUUGGGGGGUGGUGCGGUGGGACACUGGGCUUCCCUGGGAGAUGAAACCCAUCCCCACCAGCUGUAUGGAGAAGUCUGGGACCCUGGAUGAAGGGGAGAGAAGCUUCACAUGCAGAAUUAUGCAUGCUCCCUGGGGAAACUGCCCUUGCCCCAAUGUCCAUUCUGUGGGAAUGAGAAGCACCAGGAGAAUCUGGGGAGGGGGCAUGCUGGCAGGGGGACAGGAGCUCUAGUCUUCCCAUCCUGCUGAGGGGUACCAAGGCACUUGGCCAUCCUUUGUCCUCCUCCUCACUCUCCUUUCCAGUUAUUUAGUGGGAUUCUUUG